AUGUCCCCGAUAGAUCACGUUAUGAUUACCUGUGCUCGAAUGCACAAGAAAUUGCGCCAGUCAUGGAACAAAUACAACUUGUAUAAUCUAUACCGCAACGCCGGCCGCGAACCUCAGAUCCGAGGCACUCCGACCUUCUUCCAGCAAAAAUGGGCAGCCAAGUCGAAAACCCGAGCGUACCACGGUGAGCACAUUCCCGAGAAGAAAUGGGUGCGCCUUUUCUCUCGCCGACUUCUUUCAGCCGUGGACUUGCCGCCAGAGUAUUUGGCUGCUCAUGAUGGCUCUGAGCAAGCUGCCGGUCGCGGCUCUGGCCUCACUACGUGCAAUGUCACAGCAGAGUCGUUUUCUAAAGUCCCGAUGCUGAGCACCAACGAACGAGCAAGGCGGAGACCCCCUCUUUUCGGCGACGUGAAUAAAUUACUAUCUGAUCAGCUCACGAGCAUGACGCCCUACAUGCAGAUGACAUUCGCCCCGUUGGAACGAAGGUUGGAUACUGCAGUCUUUCGAGCGUUGUUUGCGAGCAGUGUGCGCCAAGCCCGCCAAUUCGUCAUCCAUGGAGCUGUCAAGGUCAAUGGUAAGAAGAUGGUGCAUCCAUCAUACCAGCUAAACCCGGGUGACAUGUUUCAAGUGGACAUAGACAAGGUCAUGUACGGCACUGGGCAGCAAAAGGUCACGCAAAGAAACAAGCGGUUGGCGGAGAAUCUCGUCUCGAGAAGGAAGAAGGCCGAUGCUUUUUAUCGAGCAGCCAUUGACAAGGCCGCUGCCAAUGCUCCGGCGGAUGCUUCAUCAAGCGAGGCCGCGGGCGAGGGAGGGAAGUCCGAUGCCGAGACCGCACCAGCGGAGGAGGCCGCUGAGAAGCAGCAGCCUGACGAUGCGGCGGAAAGCAGCUCUGGGCCAGGCCUGGAGUCCCUCAGCCCCGAGGAGACUUGGAAGCUCAACAACCGAGCGCUCAGGUUCCUCCUCAAGGACGUCAAGAAGAUCCUCAAAAACAACCCCAAAGACCUGUCCGCCAAGGAAAAGAAGCAACUGCGUCUAUUCCGAACCGAUGCCAAGCGAUUCCUGUCGCAUCCGGAAGACAGUGCCCUGGAUGUGCAGGAACUCGUUGAUGAACUUCACCUGCAAAUGAAGAGCCAUGAACUCUUGCGAGAAAGCUUCGAAAAGCUUAGCAUCGCCCCUUUAUUGUCCGAUACCACGGCUGAGGCGCCCGCCGCUGAAGGCACAGACCAGCUACCCGAGCACAAUCGACAGCGCCAAAUUGACAAGGGUCUCGAUGGUCUCACCGAUGAGCAGAAAGAGAAAGCCCUGUCCAUCAUGGGCGAAUCCCAUCUCUCCCGCGAAGAAAUGCGAAACCUCGCCCGGCUCCUCAAAUACGAUGAAGAAAACCCCAUCGACGACGGCAAACCAUACGCCACGCCGUGGCGGCCACGGCCCUUCAUGGCUGCGUUUGCCUUCAUCCCUCGCUACCUCGAAGUCAAUCCUAACAUUUGUGCCGCCGUCUACCUCCGCCAUCCCGUGGCAAGAAAGGGCAUGGCGGAGGUCCCCACGCCAUUUAGCUAUCUCACGAAUCAAUUGACGCACAACUGGUACUUGGAGCGUGGCUAA